GCCAGUGAUACGCGGCCCACCAGAGAUACGCGGCCCACCAGUGAUACGCGGCCCACCAGUGAUACGCGGCCCACCAGUGAUACCCAGCCCACCAGUGAUACGCGGCCCACCAGAGAUACGCGGCCCACCAGUGAUACGCGGCCCACCAGUGAUACGCGGCCCACCAGUGAUACGCGGCCCACCAGUGAUACGCGGCCCACCAGUGAUACGCGGCCCACCAGUGAUACGCGGCCCACCAGUGAUACGCGGCCCACCAGUGAUACGCGGCCCACCAGUGAUACGCGGCCCACCAGUGAUACGCGGCCCACCAGUGAUACGCGGCCCACUAGUGAUACGCGGCCCACCAGUGAUACGCAGCCCACCAGUGAUACGCAGCCCACCAGUGAUACGCUGCCCACCAGUGAUACGUAG